ACCACACACACACACCACACGUACCCACAAACACCACACACCACACACACCACACUGCACACACCACACAACACCACACACACCACACACACAACACGCGCGCUCACUGCAGCAGUCUUUGCGAGUGCCCGCUCGGGACACAAACCGGGGCAUCGCGACAAGAGUGGACUUGAUCAUUUGAAGGUUUUCUCCCUUUUAUUUGUUCAUCGAGGACCCAUCAUCGGGAGUCGUCGACGACAAACGGGAUGCGCUGAAGACUUGGAGUCAAGGCAGCGCUCGUCCGGUUUUGGACUCGCAAAAGCGACAAACUUUUUUUCUGUUCGGGGAUACAACUCGCGGCCAUCCCACUUGCUACGCUGCAUUCAACCGCAGUGACACAAAAUCUUACUCGCCCCCCAAGACUGACCGCAAGCUCAACGCUGAACACCAAAACUCAAUCUGCAACGGCGCCCGCUUUAUAUAUAUCCACGCACCGUCGACAGACGCAGGACCCCCUUCAACAAACGCGAGAAGAAGGACUUCCACAAAUUAACUGCAUCGAAGGGAGGCUCGGGUGUGGUGCAGACGAACGGGAGUCGCAGUUUCGCGUCAUCAUCCGUUCAACAUUUAACUCAUCCCAUCAAUCACCCCCCCCCUCGUUCCCUACAUCUCCAUCCCCUCCUACUCCACCAGGACCACCAGCACCACCACCGUCAUCAUCAUCACACGCUGGCCAGCAUGGAGGAGUGGAGGCAAUGCUGCCGUUGGCUCAUUGACUGCAAGGUCCUUCCCGUGAGCCAUCGAGUCACCCGCUCGGACGAGGUCUUUGAUCUCGCCCAAGCGCUCAGAGAUGGAGUCUUACUUUGCCAGCUUCUCCACAACCUCAACCCGCAGUCCAUCAACCUCAAGGAGAUCAACUUACGCCCGCAGAUGUCACAGUUCCUGUGCCUGAAGAACAUCCGCACGUUCAUCAACUGCUGCCACGAGCAGUACGGCAUCCGCAAGAACGACCUCUUCGAUGCCUUCGACCUGUUCGACGUGCGGGACUUCGGGAAGGUCAUCAGUGCGCUAUCCAGGCUGUCCCAACAUCCCACCUGCCAGAGCAAGAACAUUCGGCCAUUUCCUAAUGAAGAGACCACGGAUUACAAUGAAGACAUUUACAGAAGCUUGGAAGAGAUGGCCGAUGAGCGAGAGAUCGAGAACGAGGAGGAGCUGUACGACUGCGUGCCGUGCGACGUGGAAGGGGACGAGAUCUACGAGGACAUCAUGAAGGUGGAGGCGCAUCCCCCAUCGCUGCGACCAGCUAACAGCUUUACGUCUCUCUGCCCUACGCUGCAGAAGCGCCUGGUCCUGGACUAUAUUGGCUCACUUAAGCAGGACAAGGGGGGCAUGACGGAGGACGACAAGAGGAACUGCUGCGCUAAGGAGAUAAAGGAGACGGAGGAGAAGUACGCGGCGACGCUCGAGAGCAUCGAGAAGAACUACAUGGGCCCACUGCGGUUGACCCUCACCCAGCUAGAAAUGGAAACAAUAUUCAUGAACAUCGAGGAGCUGCACAGAGUGCACCGCGCGUUCGUGGCCGAAAUCCGCCAGUCGUACUCGCUGUCGGGGGGACGGAAAUUCCACGAGCUCUUCCUCACCUUCAAGCCCAGGCUGCUCAUUUACGGCAGGUACUGCAGUCAGCUGGAGGGAGCCCACACGUGCAUCAACCGGCUGCUGCAGACGCGGGAAGAUUUCAAGAACAAGCUCGACGAGUGCACGACGAAGGAGAAUGGAGGCAAGUUCUCCCUGCGUGACCUUCUCGUCGUGCCGAUGCAGAGGGUGCUGAAGUAUCACCUCUUGCUCAAGGAGCUGCAUAAACACACGACGGACCAGACAGAGAAAACACAAGUGAAAAGAGCCUUGGACGCUAUGGAGGACCUGGCCAUGUACUUGAACGAAGUGAAGAGGGACAAUGAGACCCUCAAGCAGAUCGUGGAGAUUCAGCGAAGCUUCGACUCUUCCUUGAAGGUGGAUACUCUGUUGGAUUACGGGAAGCUCAAGAUGGACGGUGACCUCAAGGUGUUACAAGUGGGCAGGGCCAAACAGGAGAGGUACGUCUUCCUCUUCGACAAGGCUGCCUUGAUGUGCAAAAGGAAGGGCGAUAACUUCGAGCUCAAACAUUCCCUGGAGCUCGCCAGCUACAAAAUCACCAACGACCCGACCAGCAACAAAGAUUCGCGAAAGAGGCAGAGCAAAGUGUGGUCGCACAGUUUCUACCUCACUCCGCUCAUGGCCGGCGAAGGAUACCAGUUCUUCUGCAAAACCGAGGAGCUCAAGAGGAAGUGGACCAAAAACUUUGAGAUGGCGCUGUCGAACCUGCGUCCUGGCGGCUACCAGCACGAGUUCCAGAUGCACACGUUCGAGAGGGCAACCGAGUGCCACGUGUGCCACAUGCUGCUGAAGGGACUGUUUUACCAAGGCUACCAGUGUCAGAAGUGCGGCGCGGAGGCACACAAGGAAUGCCUGGACAAGAUCAUGCAGUGUCAGAGGCCCCUGCCUCCCAGUCCCGGACAGAUCCCUUCAGGGCUGCCCCACGUGCAGGCCGCGCAGGCCUACCAGGGCGCGCCGCUGCCGCCCCUCAAGCUGCAGCCCACGCUGAUGCUGUCCUGCGGCGAGAUGGUGGAGCUCACGCGAGCAGAGCCCGAGUCCGCCUGGUGGGAGGGGCGGUCACUCAUGUCCCAUCAAGUCGGCUUCUUCCCCCGGGACUUUGUGAAGCCGGUGACAAAGCUUGGCCUGCAACCUGUACAAGGUACAGUUAAAAUGGUAAACCGACCGACGGAACCUUCGAAAAGCGAGUUUCAUUACUUUGCCUGGUUCGUGGGCACCAUGGACCGCGAGCAGGCCAACCAGCAGCUGAGGAAGCGGAGCAACGGCACCUACCUGAUCCGCGAGCGGCCCGACGGGCCCGGCGAGUACGCCAUCAGCAUAUGCUUUAACAACGAAGUGAAGCAUAUCAAAAUCAUCAUUAAGGACGGGUGGCACCACAUCACUGAGCACAGGAGAUUCCGGGGCCUCGUGGAGCUGAUCGAGUACUACCAGUCGCACUCGCUCAAGGAGGGCUUCCGUGCCCUCGACACGACGCUGCAGCACCCCUUCAACGAGCGGGAGCCGUCGCGCGCCGUGACUCGCGGGAACUCUGCCAACAGCGCCGGUCACGUCAGUGCUAGCUUCUCCCUGCUCAACUCCCAGAAUUUCAGUUUUGUCCCUCCGUCGGCCGCGCCGUUCUGGUCAGUUUUCUCUCCGCGGAUGCUGGGCACGGCGGUGGCUCGUUACAGCUUCUCGGCGCGCGACAUGCGCGAGCUCUCGCUCUCGCAGGGCGACGUCGUGAAGAUCUACAGCAAGAGCGGCGCCAACCAGGGCUGGUGGCGCGGCGAGGUGGACGGCAGGGUUGGGUGGUUCCCAUCGACCUACGUGGAGGAGGAAGUGGUCUAAUGGAGGAUUGUUGCUGCGCUGGUGAAGUCUCUUGGACUACGCUUUCGUCAAUUUGUGAAAAAUCAAAGCAACCCAUCGCGACGUGGCCCACUGAUUGUUUCCCUGUGGUAAUCCCAUUUGUUUUGUUGCAGCUGCUUUACAUUAAAAAAAAACAUUACAAAGUAACAUUUUCUACCCCUGGGAAACGUGUAUUUACAAAGAUAAAUGUUUUGGCAUUUCUGUAAUUGAUACGUUACAUUUGCAUAAUGUGCGUGUUGAUUUACACAUACCACCGUUUAUUAGGGAAAUGUUUAAACCCCGUAUAUAAAGCCUUUUUCGACGAAGGAGAAUGAUGUAAAAGAUGAUAACUGUUUAAACGCUACUCACAGAAAUUAUGAGUACAUUUAUAUUUCAUUUGUAAUGGAUGGAAAGGGUUUGGUUUCGUUUUAUGGAAAAUUAUUAUUUUAGAUUACCUGCAAAUUGUUUUAAUUGAUGCAAACUUAUUGCACUAUAAAGGUUAUGGUGUGCCACGUUGCUGUGUAUGCAAAAACUAUUCUGGUUAUGGUACUAAAUUGUGAUUAUAAAUAAUUACAAAGUAAAAAAGCAUAACAUUAGCUUCACCAAUGAAAUACAUUUUUCUUAGAGUAGCAAUUUUAGUUUCCGUGUGAAAAUACAAUUCGUGGCAAUACGAUUGCAUGAGAUGAGCGAUUCAGACUUCAAACGCAUUCCCUGUUGAGGCUUAACUUGUGAACACACGCAUACAUUUGAUGGGUAUCUGAUAUGGAUACGUUUGUAAGCGAUACAUUUGGCUUCAGGUUUUUCAUACAAGCACUAGGCAUUCAUGUGUAACUCUCGCCAACCCUGAUGGCUAGUCAAUCAAAGAGUCAGAGGCCACGCAAAGUCGACCUUUCCCUGUUAAAUAAAAAUAUUUAAAAUGUUAAAGUUACCUUCCGGUGGCCAUGUUAGCUUUAUAAUCGUAUUGAAAUGUUCUGCGUAUGAUUACGUAUUAAACAAAGUGUAAGUUGUCGUACAGAAACGAUGACAAUGGAGGCGAGAGGGGGCUUGCCUGGGUCUCCGUUAGCACAUGUCAAUUUGAUGUACAGCUGUUGGUGUGCCUCAAAGUCCUAUUGAGUUUGUGUCAAUGCAAUGAAGAUUUAUGCAAUGCAGGUACAUCGCUGCCCCUCACCCAAGUCACAAUAUGCUAAAUAUGGCACCGUAUUGAUACAGAGUGCUUUGAUUCUGGUAUAAGGUGUUAUUGCUAAAAUGUGGCCAUUUCGUCAAAUGGUUGGUAUAUAUUGACUUUUGCUUUUAUAACCACUCACAAUUUAUUUGGCUUUCAAUGCUAUCAACACAUUGAUCAUUUAGUGCGGAAUACACCGACGUAAAUUUUAUGACAACCAAAACAAUAUGUUGGCCUCGCUUUGGCAAAUGUUGUUGCAUUUGCACGCUUGCAGAUACACUCGUGUUGCAUUCAAGCGUACAGCAAACGCCGCUGUGAGGGUUACCACAGCGGAGCGCGGUGUGACUUCCAUCGUGCCGCGCGUUUUGUUCAGCGCGAUGUCCGACGUGAGCUUCGCGGCUCAUUUCCUGAAGAAGGUCCCAGCACGGCGCGCGACACGUCGGACAUCGCGCAAACAACACGCCGUCGCGAUCUGAAUAAUACACACCGGGGAGAUAAAUGCGGAAUGCCCAAAAACGUGGGGCUUUGGCGAUGCCGUGGGAAACACAAUAAGUGCAAUUUAUGCUUCAAAUUUGGAAAUUCAAUUGGGAGAAACAAAGAUCUCGGCUAAUUGCAAUGCGUUGUCAUCACAAAGAGCAUUACGUAACGGCGGCACACACGUGAGGGACAAUGCAGGUGCUCGGUGGGUUAUGACCCGAGUGUGUUCAUAAGAAGUGGAGGUAGCUUAGGGAAGGCCAGUAUAACACACAAUAGCAAGAGGGUUUGUUUUUAUUUGCUUGCAAUCUCAUGUCUGCUUGAAAGAGGAAUAAACAGCCACGGUGUAUAUUUCAGACAAUAACACACAAGUGUAACAUGCCUUACAGCAAGCUACGAUAUGCCAAGUUUUUAAAAUUCUGAUUUAUGAUAACUUGACAAAAUAUGCCACUCCCAUUACAGGAAUCGCCAGAGGGCGAUCAUGUUAAAUAUCUGGAAAUAUUUGUUUUUAUGCAUAUGGCUUGGUAUAAUCCAAGGACUAGUUUGCUAUGUAUCUCCUGGGGAUAAAUAUAAAUACACACACAUGCAAAGCAAUGGUUGUACACAUCCUGGGGUGUUACCGAUGUCUAUACAAAUGGAUCCUUUGUGAUUUUUUCUACUUUUUCCCCCGAUACUAUUUGAACAUUGCUUGACAAACUUUCCAUUGGACACCUCUCGGAGAAAAGAGUGCAACAUUCAAUGUUAUAUCCAGCUAUAGAAUCGUUGAUUUCCAAUGCGGUAACACUGAUAUUGUUUUCUUUCUUAGAGCUGGAAUAUUUUAGAAUUUGGUACAGAAACCAUUAGGUCAGUGCACAUGAGAAAGCCUCGUUUAACCGCGGGUGGAUGCCCAGACUCAAACAUCGGCGGUGCCGGGAUCAAUGCACUGACAAUGAUGUGAGCUCAAUGAACCAUAUGGCCAAAUCUGUAGGAUUUUAGGGCCCUCAUUUGUAACUCGAACUACUUAUACAUCUACACCUUUGACCUGCAUGAAGUCACUCUGCCCUCUGUGGUUAUUUACACGUCAUGGAGUGGUCUGUAGCAAAAUGAUUUUAUGCAAAAUGUCAAUAACUCGAUCAACUUUAUAGCCAGGUGUGAACCUAUAGCUGAGACAGAAAACAUCUCUUUUGUAAAUGUGGGCAGACUGUUCACUGAAAGAUGGUGCAUUAAAUUUUAAUUUAACUGAAACGUUUGAAAUAUAUUUAUGUAUUUAUUUAUGCUUUUAAAUUAGCAUCGUGGUGUUCGUUUGUUGCUUUCAUGAACUCUGUCUGGAUGGUGCCGUGGUGUUAAUGGUUAGCGCACUGGACUUGAGGCCCAGAGGUCACCGGAUCCAUCAGCCAGCGCGGCAGAUGAAACAACAGUGCAAAUUUCUUAAACUCUUGCCCCAGCUAUCCGCCCAGCAAGAAUACAUGGGUACAACACAAUCGAUCAGCAGCAGGUCGUGUGUGGUGGGGGUAAAGUGUGGGUACUCUCACUUCUUCGAAGAUGUCUGGCCAGCAUUGCAGAGUGGGCCGAAACACUCUCCAGAAGGGCUAUUUAGAGCUCCCUCGAGUGCAGCCCCUUCCGUUAGCAGCGGCAUGAGCACGUAGUUGCAAGGCUACACCUUUACCGUUGUUGUAAAGCACGUUCAAGUGUGCGCAGACUGCUGUUACAGCACAGUGUAACGUAGUGGAACUGACUCGUGCUGUACAUUGUAAGACGAGACCUACUUUAUGGAUGGUACAAUGCUUGCACUAAAAUGUAUCACUUUUAAUAAGUUGCAAGGCAAGUCUCGUGUUUAUAUGUGUAAAGAAAAGUAUAUGGUAAAAUGUAAAAAUCUAUUAAGAGUUCUGUCAGCUUGAAUUUGUCACAAUUAAGCCUCUUCUAGGUGGCAGUUCAACGAAUUACCUGUAUAUAAAUGCAGCUCACUCAUCAAAACAUUAAUUAAAAUGUAUUUCUAGUAAAUAGGAAAAAAAAAUCCUUGGGCCUUUUUUCUAAAUGUAAGAUGAAAAUAGAAAACGUUUAAAACAAACGAUUUAAAACAAAUAAGACCAUUAGCACAUUCCCCAGAGAAGAAACACGGUUUCCAUUUAAACUCUUUAAAGAGUAUCGCAGAGCAUGGCGCUUUGUGUCUUCACUUUAAAAUACAAAGUCCAAUAAUGUGUGAAUGCUACAAUGAGGCAUUUGAACACUACAUCUGUAUUCUUCAACACGUGCCCAGCAAUUUAUCUACAUAUAACGUCUGCCUUAGUGAAAACAUUUUACUCAACAUUGAUAAGUGAAUUUUUUUAAAUAUAUAUAAUGCAGCAGCUGCCUUGGGGUUCAUAUUUUAAAGGAAUGCCUGAAAGCUUUGUCAGUUUUUUCCCGGCUUAUUUUAUAGAAAACAUUGCAAGCAUGGGAUAAAGACGAAUCAACAACAAUGGCAUUGGUAUAAAAUGAUCCAAUAGAUAAUUUGAUCUGUAAAUCACGUGUAAAUACAGUAAGUGGUGUGCGUAUAUCCAGUUAAAAGCUUUAAACUUCCAUAGUUGCUUUGGGAUUCAUAUAAGUUGCAAUUCUGGAAAUUUGAGAGCCAUAUAUUUGAUGGUAAUAAUUUAACAUUUUCUUGGUGUAUGUAUAUAAUUUUUUUACUUUACUAAGGACAACAUUUAAACAAAUCCAUUACUAUUAAUUCCAUGGGAAAAUGGUUUUAUGUUUUUUUUAUUUCUUCCCUUAAAUGUCUCAUCUCUUUCUGACAUUUGUACAAGCCUUCAAUAAAAACAAAUCAUUUGUUUAUGCAAGUUCCCAGCAUAUUUGAAAUGCCUAAAACUGCAGGUUGUACAAAAUACAUACUGGUGUCAAAAGUUCUACUGUACAUUUAUGAAACUUACUUAUAUCUGAUGUAUCAAUGAUGGCAUUCCGGCAAAUCAAAUAAACCGUUGUACAAAUGCU